AUGCCGCCGGAAUGGGAAGACACGGUGGACAAAAUCUCCUCGCCCACCGCCACCGCCGCUGCUGAACUAAUCGGCGGCAAUGAGGACCUGGUGGUGGAGAUCCUUCGGCUUCUGCCGGCGAAAUCCCUCAUUGGAAUGACGUCGGUCUCAAAAACAUGUAAUAUUAAUGGUAAUGGUGGCAAAAGCCAGUCGUCUCUAGUUCUCGUUCCGGAUAUGCCUACAACAAUCAGACACUCUUGCAACGGUUUUCUAGUCUGCUCUGAUUUGCAUUCUGGUAAUUACGUUUACCAUCCUACUACCAAGCAAUUCUUUAUUAUUCCCAGAAGCCUUUUGUUCCGUACUAGUGUUAGUGUUGUUCACCUUCUUCUGUAUAUGGCUUUUGAUCCUGUCAAAUCACUUCAUUACAAAGUUGUUUUGCUUGACACACCACCAAAUUUGGUCAGCAAGUUGUAUCAAAUAUAUAUAUAUUCCUCAGCAACCAAUGCGUGGCGCAAACCCGUCGGUCAUCAUGGUCCUUUCUCUGCACCUGUAGGACUGGGCAUUAAUAAUGGAGUCUAUUGCAAUGGUUCCAUCCAUUGGUUUUCCUUCUGGCCAGAAGAAAAUUCCAUAUAUUUUGAUGUUGAUCAAGAAAGAUUUUUCCCAAUGCCAUCUCCGCCAUAUCAGGUUCCUCAUAAAUUCCGGCAUUUUGGGGAGUCUAGAGGUCAUUUAUAUCUUACUGAAUAUUAUGAUAGCAAAGAUAGCAAAUUUAGUGUCCACGUGUCUCAGAUGGAAAGUGAUUACUCCAAGUGGUCACUGAAGUAUCAGGUUGACCUUAACAAUAUGGUUGAUUUUGUGUGGCAGGAUAUGAUUGUGCCCGACUUGGUUUCUGUGCUUAGUUUGAUUCAUGGAAAAGAUGAAGGAGAUGUGUUUUUGGUGCUACUUGUAGGCACCAAUAUGAUCAUUUCUUACAACGUCAAGCAUAACACCUUUAAGAAGCUUCAUAAUGUAGCACACUCGGAUGAGCUUUUGUGGUUUAAAAAUUGUGAUGUCCAUUCAGACACUGAGACACUCUUUCCUAUUUGA